AUGACACUCCAGGUGGGGGACGACGGCGGCGUCGGGGCGAACGUCGAGAGCAUCGAUCCUCAGGAGCAUUACGAAGCCUUCCUGGAUGUCCUAUCCGCGGACCGACGUAGCGAAAUCAAGGAUAUGGCGGCGGCCGAGGCGCUGAGGCGCUUGGACGAAGAGGCGAGGGCAGUUGACCCAAGCCAGGACGACAACAAUGCUGCCCAGCGUGGUCGCCAUUUCUAUACCAUGCUACAGGACCUCCAAGACUCGCCUUUCCGCGGCAUGGGACUGCCCAGCCGCGAGGAGAUCGACGCGGUAUUGAAGGUCCAGAAGAAAGAGGACAGCAGCGUCACGGCGAAGAUCCAGGGCAGGCAAAUGAAUCCGUCUUCUGCGCAUGCCGGCGAGCCACACAGGAGCCCACGGUUGCCCGUUCACGGACGCGAAAGAUCUCCAGAAGGGGUCGGUCCGGGCGGACAGAUGCGGCUCGAGCUCGGACGUUAUGCAACAUACGUCGAUGUGGCCCUGGGGCUCACAAGGCACUGGACCCUGAACAAGCUCCAGAAGAAGGGGGUCGGCAGCAUUUCCAAUACAUCGGCGGCGAGGGCGGCACCGGCAAGUCUCGACGUCAUACACGCCAUCAAGGACAUGUUCCGGCUGAAGGACGGUCUCCACACGCUGCUCUUGACGGGCGCCAGCGGUAACGCGGCCGCGCUUAUCGGCGGAGUGACGCUGCACUCGGCGGCAAAUAUUGCGUUUGAGGGCAGGGCAGCGACAGCAAAGAACAUCUCGGAAGAAGAGAAGCUGCGGUGGAAAAACAUGAUCAUGCUGGUUAUCGACGAGAUCAGCCAGGUGGGCGGUCUCACGCUCGCGGCGGUGGACAGCCGCCUGAAGCAGUACAGAGACGACCAGCAUCGACCGUUCGGCGGGAUCCCAAUGGUCAUAUUCUUUGGUGACUUCUUCCAGUUCAACCCCGUCCUGCAGACCAGCCUCCUCUUGCCAAGGCCUAGGGACCGCGGCGGACAGAGACCAGAGAGCUCGGCAAAGCACCUAGCUGCGCAUAGGCUGUUCCUCCAGUUCACGAACGUCGUCAUCCUCCGCGAACAGGUCCGCGCAGCCGGCUGUCCAAGGCUGCGGGGCUUCCUCCGGCGCCUGCGCAACGGUGAUCAGACCGAGCUGGACUUCCAGCGGCUAUGCCACCGCCUCCAUACACCGUCGUGCGAGUCCUCGUUCGUAGAUGGCUUGAGAGCCAUCACGCCUCUGAACCAAGAUCGGUGGGACCUGAACAUGGCAGCCGUCGUCCAGUGGGCUCGUGCCCACGGCAAACACAUCUCCAUCUUCAUAUCCAAGCACGACACUGAGUCAAGGAAGCGAUUGAGUACGGAAGAACUAUGCCACGUGCUCCGCUACGGCGAACGACUCGCAGCUGCCAACCCCCGGCCUGUUCUUCUACGCGCAGGGGAUGCCGGUCGUGGUAACUCCGCAAACCAGUUUGUCGGGCUGAAGGUCGUCAACGGGGCGCCUUUCAAGGCCGUCGACAUAUUCCCCGACCUCGCCGCCGGCACCAUCGCCCUCGCCAGCGAUGUGACUCUUCACCUUGGACCGCCGGUGGCCGUCCUCCUUCAGUCAGACGAUAGCGCGGACCUCGCCAUUCCCGGGCUUCCCAAUGGCACCGUCUUGAUCAAGAGCAAGACGGUCGCCAUCCCGAGCCAAAUGCGGGGCAAAGAAGGCAGAUGGAGGGGCAAGCCGGGUUUCAGGUGGGUCACCCACCGAACGGGGCCUCUUUGCACCCCGGCCUUCGCUAUGACAGAUCAGAAGAGCCAAGGCAAACAGUUCUCGAACGUGCUCGUCAACCUCAAAGGCGUCCACUCGAGUGGCACGGCGACUCGGCCCAGCUUCAUGAGCUUGUACGUGCAGCUGUCGAGGGCGCAGAGCUGGGACGGGCUGCAUUUGUUUCGGAAACCGGCGCGCGGCGACUUUAUCGAGCCCAAGAAUGUGCUCGACAAAGACAUGAGGGAGGCCAUCCUACAAGCUGGAACGACGGGGCGAGGAGACCAGGCGGCGGUUCGCAAGCAAGAUCACAGGUCUGAGCCGUGGUUUCAAGAAUGGGAGGCCAUGCCUGAAUCUGGCCAGGGGACUGAAACCGAUGACGUAGAGGACGCGGCGCUCUGGCGAGACCCUGGGGUUUCCGAGCUCAGAUCGGAGAUACCAUGGCACAAGAGGGACCGUGCCGCUUCGCGCUCCGCCAAAGGAAGCAUGGAGGAACGCGCCGGCGCAAUUAGCCCACGGCCGCAUCACAAUGCCGUCUUCCUGAGGCAGCCGGACACCCGUUAUUCCAACAGAUGGCUGCCGCAAAAGGCAGUUUCUUGGCAUUGGUCACUCCCAAUCAUGCCAUCCGGCGGGCUCGAGGGUGCUGUAUGCAAGCGCCCACAGCAUCAAAGCCCCCAACGUGGGUGCCAACCGUAUAAUCCUAACAUUCUGCUCGUCAAUCUGACGGUCUCAUCCGCUUUCAUCCGCACCAUGACAUCCCACAACGCUCUCGACAGCCCCGACUACUAUGGGGUCGCUUGGAUCGCUGCUCUUCCCAUCGAGCGGGCCGCUGCAAAAGCGAUGCUCGACGAGGAACAUGCGCCUCCAACUGGCUUCGUUAGACACCAAACCGAUGCAAACGUUUAUACAUGGGGUCGGGUAGGUGAGCACAACAUCGUCAUCGCCUCUCUUGCCGCCGGAGUCUAUGGAACUACCUCGGCUGCGACCACGGCCUCGAGCCUGCUUGCCUCUCUGCCAUCCAUCCGUGUUGGUCUUUUGGUCGGCAUAGGCGGCGGCAUCGCCCGACCGGACGAGGAUUACGAUAUACGGCUCGGCGACGUUGUCGUGAGCCAGCCCGACGGGACCACAGGCGGCGUCUGCCAGUACGACUUAAUCAAGGCCAAGUCUGGUGACAGGCGUGAGCGCAAAGGCUUUAUCAGACCACCUCCGACCGUCCUCCUUAAUGCGCUUGCCAGCAUCCAGGCCGAUCACGAGUCGACGGACUCCAAGGUUCCCAACUUCCUUCAACAGAUGCUAAAGAAGAACCCGAAAAUGAAUAGAAGAUCCAAGCAAAGUCCUGGCUAUAUUCACCAGGGCACCGACAACGACCGGCUCUUCCAACCUUCAUGCGACCACGUCCCCGGGCCGGACUGUCGGGGCUGUAACACGGCUGACGAGGUUAAACGCGAUGCUCGAGACACCACCGACCCCGAGAUCCACUACGGGACUAUCGCAUCCGGCAACUCGCUUGUCAAAGACGCCGCCACGCGUGAUUGGAUUGUUGCCGACGUCGGCGUGGACUGCAUCUGCUUUGAGAUGGAAGCAGCCGGCCUGAUGAACCACUUUCCCUGUCUUGUGAUCCGAGGGAUCUGCGACUACGCCGAUUCCCACAAGAACGAUCGAUGGCAACGCUAUGCCUCGGCCACCGCCGCUGCGUAUGCCAAGGAGCUCCUGGCAAACUCGAUAGUGUGCAGCAGACCACAGCUGCAGCGAAACUGGCCACUGAUUCCAUCCAGGCCGACCUUCGUACCGAGAAGAUCGAGCGCUGGCUUCGACCCUCUGAUCCGUCUACAAACGCCAACCACGCGAGGGAGCUCCGCCAUGAGGGGACAGGGAAACGACCGUCGUAUCCUCAGCUUCUUCUUUGACUUUAGCGACACGGCAAAGCAGACCGUGGAUGCCAUGCUGCGGUCACUUGCUUUCCAACUCUACCGAGGUAAGGCUCGUUCUGCAAGUGCACUUGACGCCUCAUUCCAAGCACACCAGGAUGGCCGCAACCAACUUGCAACGAAGACGCUCUCAGAUGUUUUAUUCAAGAUGCUCGCAGUCCAGAAGAAAGUCUCUAUCGUUCUGGAUGCCUUAGACGAGUCGAGAACGAGGGCCGACCUACUCCUCUGGAUUAAGGACGUAGUGUCCAGGCCAGAGCUGGGCCACGUCCAGCUGAUCUGUACCGGUCGGCCUGAAGCCGAGUUCCUGCGCGACAUCCCCCCGUUGGUAGGCGAGGGAAACAGCUUAGAACUCAACAAGCAGGCUGUCAACGCCGACAUCCGAUCAUACGUCGCGGCACAGCUUUCGCAACGACGCGAAUUUCGGGACAAGCCCUUGUCGCAGGAUCUCCUCGAGCUGAUCCAGACUAUUGAGGAGGCUCUCGCAUCUUUGCCGCGGACCCUGCAAGACACGUACCGACGCAUGAUUGAAUGCAUACCGAUGGAGCUUAAAAAUGACGCGAUGCGGCUCCUGCAGUUUCUAGUGCACUCGACGCGACCUCUCAAGCUGGCCGAGGCUAAAGAAGUAAUAGCAACGCAGAUCGAAAACGAGCCGCGAGGGUUUGACGUCAAGCGUCGACUGUUUUGCGAUACUGAUGUUUUGGACUACUGUCCUAGCUUAGUGACAGUCGUUCACGCCGCCGGCAAAGAGCUACAUCUUGCCCACUUUUCUGUCAAAGAGUACCUUCUCAGAGACGAGCGGUUCAACAUUACGAUUGCUAGCAUUCCCAUUGCGAGGACGUGCUUGACUUAUCUUACGGACAUAAACGGUAACCACGAAGAGAUUAAGCGGGAUUUUCCAAUGGCAAGAUUUGCGGCGGAAGUCUGGACAUACUAUGCCACGUUCGCUCAGGCUUCGGAAAAUAUGGUUCAAACAACUGUUAGGUUCCUAGAAGAGGAAGUGACGUUUCAGCGGUGGGCUCGUUUGUAUCAGUCUGAUAGGGACUGGGACGAUGACCCAGGUCCUCCACAAGCGCUCCAGCUCUAG